CUGAAAUGCCAGGUCAGGUGACGCUUCUGGCCAUGUACGCAGCUCUGUGGGGGUGGCAGGCAGCGGCAGGCAGGCUCCCGCCCCCCUGUGACAGGUGAGUGAGCAAGCUGGUGGGCUCUCUAGAGCCCGCUUCUUAAGGAAUUCCCUUGCUGCUUAAAAUCACAGUGCGCAAUGGAGAUGAGGCAGGGGACUGUUGGGCAAGGCCUGAGGACAGCCUUGGUCCCAAUCCUACUAAGCCAUGAGGUGCACCUGGGGAGUUUCUCUCUGCCAGUCAACUGUAUUGGAUGAUGAAAGGAGUGGGAGCGCAGGUGAAGGAAGGAGAAAAAAAUGUGUUACCUGAGAAGGUAACUAGAAGUGUUUGGCAUGGUGGAAAGAAGGGGGAUGGUUUCAGGGGACCCCAUGUUUGUCCCUUGUUGCCAGUCAGUGAAUGAAGCGGCAGUUGGUCUGUUGAGACUCCGGUGCUCCGGUUCUGCGUUUUCUUCCCAGAACUGGAAGGAGCCACUCUCUGGCUAAUGAUAGUUGUAACCUAGGUGGUUCUUCUGCAUUGCAAAAUGUGAUUCGCCUGGGAUGGAAUCCCUCAGCAGCUCUCGCCAAGGAGGAGCUGCUUUCAAGAGACAGCGAGGGGAGGAGCUGCUCAGUCCUGUGCCAGCCACAUCUACUGCACUGGAGAGCUGCUCCGUCAGGUCCAGCGCGCCAGGCUCUUUUGGGAUGACAAACACUUUGUGGACAUGCCACUGAAGUCAAAUCCAGAUGUGGUUCUGAAGCAAUUUUGGGAGCUGGUGAAUGCCACACCCAGUGGGGCCUUAUCCAAGCCACAGCUGGCAAGCUUUGUGGAGGCUCACUUCUUUCCCCCAGGACAGGAGCUGGAAAGCUGGGUGCCUCCAGACUGGACAGACAGCAUCCCCCUCCUCAAGAGGAUUUCAGAUGAGAAGCUGCGGUCCUGGGCCCAGACCCUGAAUGCCAAGUGGAAGCAGCUGGGUAGGCGGGUGAAUCCUGAUGUUCAAGUUACUCCUUGGCGUUACUCCGUGAUCUAUGUGCCACACCCGCUGAUAGUGCCCGGGGGGCGGUUCCGUGAGUAUUACUACUGGGAUUCCUUCUGGGUCGUCAGAGGGCUCCUCCUCUCCAACAUGACAGCCACAGCCAAGGGCCUGAUCCAGAACUUCCUCUACCUAGUCAGCAACAGAUUUGGACACGUCCCAAAUGGAGGCAGAGUGUACUAUGAGCGUCGGAGUCAGCCACCACUCCUCAGCCUGAUGAUGGAGAGUUACCUGAGCCACACAAACGACACCGAGUUUCUGCAGGAAAACAUCCACCUGCUGGAGGCUGAGUAUCACUUCUGGCAAGACCACCGGGCUGUCAAUAUCUCCGCUGGGGGCAAGCAAUACUCCCUGAAUCGCUACAAUGUCCAGGUGGGGGAACCCAGACCAGAGUCCUACAUGAAGGAUGUGGAGCUGGCAAUGGGCAUAGAUGAAGAAGCUCAGCAGGGUCUUUGGGCAGAGCUGAAGAGUGCUGCUGAGUCUGGGUGGGAUUUCUCCUCCCGCUGGUUCUUGCCGGGGCCCCCACCGCUGCAGGCCACCAGAGUCAGCGCGAUCGUGCCGGUGGACUUAAACGCCAUUCUUUGCAAAGCUGAGCAACUGUUGGCCGCUUUCUACCAAGCCCUCGGGGAUGGCGAGAGAGCCAGCCGGUUCCAGGCUGCACGGAAGCAGCGGGUGGCUGCCCUCACUGCUCUCCUGUGGAAUGACGAAGUGGGCGUUUGGCUGGACUACAACCUCCUCCGCCAGAGGCACAACCGGGCUUUCUACCCCUCCAACCUAAGCCCUCUGUGGGCUGAGUGUGGUGUGGAUCUGCCCAGGGUGGAGAGGGUGCUUCGCUACCUUGAGGAGAGUUCAGCCUUGUCCUAUGCCAACGGACUGCCCACCUCCCUGAUACGGACGGGGCAACAAUGGGACUUUCCAAAUGCUUGGGCCCCACUCCAGCACAUGGUGAUUGCAGGCCUGGCCAAAUCCUCUUCUCCCCGUGCACAAGAGCUGGCCUUCAGCUUGGCUCGGCGCUGGCUGCAAAUGAACCUAGCUGUCUUCAAGAAGUACCAAGGAAUGUUUGAGAAGUAUGAUGUUGAAGGGGAUGGGAAGCCAGGCUCAGGUGGGGAGUAUCCGGUGCAGGAAGGCUUUGGUUGGACUAAUGGUGUGGCCCUGCAACUGCUAGAUCUGUAUGGUGAACAGCUCACUGCCGCCAGCUCUCCUCUCUCUCCUGGCCCUGGAUUGGGGCCUGCCUUCUCCUAGCCGUGCUCUCGCAGCCUCCUUGGGCGCUCGAGGUCCACCAGGAAGGGUAGCUGUGCCCCUGGCUCGACUCUUGAGAUCCUUUGGGUGUGGGAGAGGCUCAGCUCCAGCAGAACAUCUGCGGUGUGCGUGCCCCGCACAAUCCUCUGUGCCCCCAUCACAUGCCACCAAGCCUAUAGGAGAAAUCCCAGCAGCGCAACCGUUCCCUCCGCAGCUGUCCUUGGCAGUGUGGCCAGACAGCUGUUGCACAUACACAGGCAAUAAAGUUCACAGGAUGCUUUGCCAAGA